AGAAUUUAUAAUUUGAGGUGUGACUUAAUUUAAUUAAAUUGGACUUAUUUAACUCUUGCUUCAUUUUUUAGUACACUUACAAGCCCUGUUCUUAACGCCUAAUGCCCAAGUGUUGUGUCACAAAUAAAGACAAAAAAAACACAACUUGCUGAAAAAAAAUCACUCAGCCGGUCUGGCAGCAUCUGUGUAGAGAUAUCAGAGUUAACGCUUCCGGUCCCCUGGACCCUUCUGCUGGAUGUACUUUUGGCCAGCCGGUUUAAUGCAGUUUGGGAUAUCAAGGAUUAACCCUUGCCUCCGGCUCCGAACUGGUGCCUCGGUCGGUGCACUUACUGCUGCAGGCGAUGUGAAUAUUAACGCGGGAGGGAGCAGGGUCAAGGCCGCUUUGCUGUGCAGUGACUGCGGACUGCAGCAGGAGCAGGGGCUGGAGCUUGCUGCAGUGCGGAGCAGGGACAGAGCGGUACCCCCCCAUCCCUCCGUCUCAGACCAGGCUGAUCAUCCCCACCCCAGCGGCAGGCAGGCAGGCCAGGGGGGGUGGGGUGGGGGUCCGCCCUCCCGGUGUCUCUGCGCUGGGACCAGGCUGGGCAGAUGGAGCAGGAAUUACCGCGGCCCCAGGACGAGCUUUGGGGAGUUACACUUUGAUAAAGGGGGAUGUCGGGAUUCGCCCAGCUGUUUACAGUCGGCCCUCUUUGAUCUGUUUUCAUUCCCGGAGACUGAGGCCGAGCAUCCCGCCCAGACGUUUGCCGCAAGGUAAGGACGCCGUGACUGGGCUCUUCCUGAUGGGAGGGAAGUGAGGAUUGCAGAUGCUGGAGAUCAGAGUGGAGAAGGUGGUCCUAGAAAAACCUCUUCCUGACGGAAGCCGGCUCUCACUGUGGGAUCCUACUGUACAAAAACCUGCCCUUCAACCGGCCACACGUUUCUAUCGGAGAGACUCAAAUAUUCCGAGGGUGUUUCACCAUAAAAUACACAUUUUGUGCAGCAUUUUCAACUCCUGGUAUCUCACUUGUAUUUGACUCCGUUGAUUGGCACUACAGCCGUUCAGAGGGCUGUAGGCGGUCACAGAAUGGGAACCCAGGAAGGAACCUUGGUAAGGAACGGGGAACCAGGUCUUCCUGUUAUGUCCAGAAUAAUUGCACAUUCCAGUACAUGGCUUCUCUACUUCUAGCCUACAGCCUGUGAUUGUAUGUAGGUGUCAUAAGGAAGGCAAACAAUAUUCAACAGGCACCUGCCUAUUCACACUUUCCAAGCAGGUUUUCCAAAUAUACAUUUUGAAAGAUGAAUUUGACCUUGUCUUCAUUAGACCAGAAUUUUCCAAAUGCCAUCAACACCUCAUCUGUGUCGUUUGCUGUGAACACAACAGUGGCACAUCUCCAGGAGCUCAUUCACACCACUACUCUUGUCACAUGCACACUGCUGUUGGUACUUGUAUUCUGUUUGGGAACGUACGGCAACCUGAUUGUCUUCUUGUCAUUCUUUGAUCCAGCAUUUAGGAAAUUCCGGACUAACUUUGACUUUAUGGUCCUAAACCUUUCCUUUUGUGACCUAUUCAUCUGUUGUGUUACAACACCCAUGUUUGCUUUCAUUUUAAUUUUUGAUUCAGACAACAGCGUCUCUGAAGCUUUCUGCUUCACUUUUCACCUCACUAGUGCUGGAUUCGUAAUAAUGUCCCUCAAAUCUGUGGCAGUAAUAGCACUCCAUCGCCUGCGGAUGGUGUUGGGCCAUCAACCCAACACAACAGCUUAUUUGCCCUGUUCACUUAUUCUAAGCAUCAGUCUAUGGACAGUAAGUUUUACUCUGUCUACCCUGGCUACCAUGAGGACAUAUCCAGAGAAAUCCAAAGUAUGUGUUCCCCUCUUUGGAUGCAUUAAGGAAGAUGAUAAAAUCAUAUUAUAUCUAUAUGUUAUUGAUUUUACAUUUUGUGCAGGCACUGUGGCAGUUUCCUAUAUGAUGAUAGCCUAUGCACUGAACAAGAAUGCACGAGUGAGGAAAUGUGCUGUCAUUAAGGUUGAUACAUCAAGACCUAAGGCUCUCAUGAGCACAGGGAUUGAUGAUCUACAGCCUGGUAUGCAGCACCUUUACCGAAUUCAGAAUUACAACAAACUCCAGCAUGUGCAAAUGCAUGCCUAUGGCAAAACUCUGACCCAUGUCCAAAGUGCUGCAAAGAGGUUGCAACUUGUAUCUUCAGUGAACCUUUCUGGGGCAAAAGAUUCAAAGGCUGUGGUGACAUGUGUUGUCAUUGUACUCUCAGUAUUCGUUUGCUGCCUACCUUUGGGCAUCUCCCUCAUGCAAGAUGUUUUGACACCAGGGAGCAGUUUUAUUUUAAAUCAGCUGAAACUGUGUGGGUUCACAUUAAUAUUUUUAAAAUCGGGACUAAAUCCAUUUAUAUACUCACGCAACAGUGCUGGACUCAGGAAAAGAAUUCUUUGGUAUACACAGCAUGUGACCCUGGGCUGCAUGCGUUGCAAGCAUAAGACUCGGUUACAAGCAGUGGGCAAAGGGAGCCUGGAUAUGAACAGAAACAAAUCAUCUCAUCAUGAAACAAAUUCAGCUUGUAUGUUGUCAUCUAAGCCACAGAGAAGGUUGGUGGACCAGGCUUGUGGCCCCAGUCACUCAAGAGACAGUGUGUUAAGUCCCAAUUUGUCAAUUGGCCAGCAGCAUUAUGAACGGAAUAACUCAACGCCUAUCAACACAUGGACUGAGCCUUACUAUAGCAUUUAUAACAGCAGUCCUUCCCAGGAAGUGAGCACCCCGAACAGUUUGCAGCCAGUAAACUCUACCUGUGAAUUUGCAAAUUCACACAUUGCCAUUCAUCACCAUAUGGCAAAAAUACCAGAUUUUGUGCAGGAGGAUGAUACUUCCAAAAAGCAAAUACCAGUCCCAUCAAUUUAGCAACAUGCUAUAAUUGUAUAAUGAUGGAGCUGAGAAGUUUAUCGUGACUGUACAAAGGGUAUCAGCUCUUGUGUUCUUUACUUACAUGAAUGCCAUAUAACCAUCAAAAUACAUUGAUGGAACAUUAGAAAGGCAUGAACUUUGCAUGAGCAUAUCAAAAAUAUAUAUUUACACAACAUUUUAGCUAAACUGAAAUGCUUGAUUUUAAUAAAUCUCAAUGCAGGAAUGUUAUGUAUGUUGUGAAAAGUAAGGACUGACAGGUCUCAACAAUGACAAUCUCUGCUGUAACAGACAACAAACUGAGUCUGGCUUUUGUAGUUGCACUACCUUUCGGAAAUGCAGCUCAGUUCUAAUCAUGUCAACUUAUUUCAUCAAUAAAAUUCUG